UCUUUCCGGCGAGUGGCUGGCGGCCUUCGGUACUGCUGUUGUGUCGGCGGGCUGAGGGAGAGGGAGGCUCGGAGCCGCCAGAGCCGGAGCCGCCGCCCCAGGAGUCCUAGGCGGGCCAGAUUGAGCUACAAUAAUGUCGUUCAUCUUUGAGUGGAUCUAUAAUGGCUUCAGCAGUGUCCUGCAGUUUUUAGGACUCUACAAGAAAUCUGGAAAACUUGUGUUCUUGGGUUUGGACAACGCAGGCAAAACAACCCUUUUGCACAUGCUCAAAGAUGACAGAUUGGGCCAGCAUGUUCCAACACUACAUCCAACAUCUGAAGAACUGACAAUUGCAGGAAUGACUUUUACAACUUUUGAUCUUGGUGGACAUGAGCAAGCUCGGCGGGUUUGGAAAAACUAUUUACCAGCAAUUAAUGGAAUUGUAUUUCUGGUGGACUGUGCAGAUCAUCCUCGCCUCCUGGAAUCCAAAGUUGAACUCAAUGCACUAAUGACAGAUGAAACAAUAUCCAAUGUGCCAAUCCUUAUUUUGGGCAAUAAAAUUGACAGAUCAGAUGCCAUCAGUGAGGAAAGACUCCGGGAAAUAUUUGGGCUUUAUGGACAGACCACAGGAAAGGGAAAUGUGCCCCUGAGGGAGCUGAAUGCCCGCCCCAUGGAGGUGUUCAUGUGCAGCGUGCUCAAGAGGCAGGGUUACGGCGAGGGUUUCCGCUGGCUCUCUCAGUACAUUGACUGAUGUGGGGGCAGUGAAAAUAAAAGCCUUUUACUUCUCUGGACUGAUCCUGUUCACAGCUUCCUCGUGGACUUUUCUCUUAUGACAUGGAAAGCUCUCCGACUACAUCCUGGUGUUGGGAAAGCCAGGAGGAGCCUUGGCCAGCUCAGUGACGGCCCAGUGGUGAAACUUGUUCUUUUCUACCCUGUGGGGGGGAGUGGAGCGCCCUCCCCCCCCAGGGUCUGAGCAGAGCUGGCUCAUGCUCUCUGGGGCUCUCACCUGCUGGGACGCUUUGCAGGGGCAGCUGAAAAGAACAAUUUUUCUCACCACUGCAAUCAAUAGAAAAAGAAAACAAUUCUAUUUUUUAAAAGAAGUGUUAUCAGUGUAAUCCGUGUCCCUUCCAACUUCUUUAGUUAACAUUCACUUGUUUAGUCCAGAGUCUAUAUUAGGGUUGGUUUUUUUUUUUAAUCUAUUUAAUGGCAUUUAGAUAUUUUACAAAAUUACUGUGCAAAUAUAUUUGAGACCUACGAUAAAUCUAGGUUUGGGGUGUGGCUGCCUGUAGGUCACUUGGCUCUGUUGGACUGGGCAGAUUCUGGAUCAGGUAUUUUCAUGACCCAGUAGUUUUAGGGAGGUCUCUUGGAGCUCUUCUAUCUUGAUGAUUGCCUUGUCUUAGAUGAUGCUGGCUUGAAGUAGUAGGAGAAGGGCAACAUCUUGGUGUUCAGUUUUGUCAACAGGCUUCCUCCAGCAGUGGAGUAGGGUCACAAUUCUUUAUCAGAGGGGCUGAUCAUUUUCAAAAAAAUAAAUAAAAAUUAGAAAAGUGCACAACAUUCAACUUGCUUAUGGUAAAAAGGUUAUAAAUUUAAGCCAAGUUCUGCUUUUAUACUUUAUUGAAUUUUCACUUCUGCCCGUAGCACCUUCUUUCCUGAUUUUCUGUUAUUUAAAAAAACCCAAAAAAACCCAAUUUAAUUCUCUCCAGAAAACAGUGGGACCAAAACCAAACAUUCUGCUUCAUUUCAUGUUGCAGCUGUGUUAUCACUUUUGCACACAAGUUAGGGAACUAUCUUCCAAAAGCAACCAAAACAUGGAAGAGAGCACUGACAACUUGAGAUAACUCAAUUUUCCAUUGACUAAGAACUGCAUCUGUUUGGUUAGCCAGAAAGGCUAACUUGGGUUGAACUUGGGUGUGGACUAAAUUACACAAGUUAGGUUCAUAGGCUGUUGUUGAGAUUAUUUCUUUCCCACAAUUUACCCCUCUCUUCCUAUCAGAAAUCUGCUUUUGAGGGUUUAAUGUCCAUAACUUAACCAUUCUGUCAGCUUAGCAGCUGAUCUUGAAUUGGUGUCACCCACUGUCAGAAGAGAAAUGCUCUGGGAAUGUUGAUGUCAAUGGCUUCCCAUUUCUUUAAUAUCUUGUGAAACUGGGCAUCUCAACUAAUUUUUAGUUCCUUGGCAUUCGAACCAAAUUAACUGUCUCAAGACAAACCCAUUUUUACUGGUUGUCUAAAACGUGUUCCUACCCAAUACUGGAAGCUGCAGUGAUGUUAUUUAGCAGGGCCUAGAAUAUUAGGCUGAUGGGUAGAAGGGGAGGAAUGGACAAGAGGAGAGACUCUUGAGAUGGAAAGAGUUGGUAUAAUUCCAUCAGGCUUGUCAUUGUUGAUCUCAGGAUGGACAUGCUGGAGUUCUCCAGGGCCAAAUGCUGAAGCAUAUUAGUAUGGGACUAAGGGCAGAUUCUUGCAGAACCAUAGUUUUUCUUUCCAAAGGAGGCUCCUCUUUUUAAAAAUUUCUUGCAAUUGAUGUUAUUUCUUAAAACAGCAAAUAAAAAGUUUAUGUGAAUUUGGAAGGGGCAGAUGCCUUAAAAGCAAGCAAAUCUAGUGAUCAGUGAAUAAACCAAACAGUGGCCUUGCUUUUUUUUUUUUUUUUUUUUUUGCAAGAAGCUUCUCUUCUAUAGUUGGAGACUUGGGAAGGGUGGUUGCUUUAGUCUCAAGCUAAUUUUUCCUUAUAGUAGCUAGAAAGCCAUUGACCUGAUAGAGAUUAACCUAUGAAAGUGGUCUACCACUGGAGAAAGAAGUGGUCAAAGCGCCCCCCAGUGUAUGUACCAUUCCUCUACAGAGACUGCUGAGAGAUGUAGUCGAUGGAAAUUACGCAUUUGAUUACAUCAAGGGUCUGGACUGCUCACAGAUCUUACUGUGAAUGGGAUCUUCAUUGUGUUGUAUCAAGAUGUUUGCUGUUCCUCUUUCUGAAUAAGUGAAGCAAUCUUUGGCAAAAGAUGGUCAUUCUGUAUUUGAAGCAUUUUAAUAAAAAGUUAAAAAAAAAAAAAAAAA